UGGCGUUUGUAUUGUGAAUUGCAUUAACGUGCAGGUAAGACAUGGUAAAACUUGAUCGUUUUUCGAUUUUCAUCCGGCAGAUAAAUUAAACGAUGAAAAUCUGCAUAACUUAUGGUCGUGACUUCAUGCGUUUGCUGGUACUUCUAAUCGCGUUUUGUAGAACUGAAUGUUAACGCAACAUUUUCCUUAAAAUAUGUGAACUUUGUCAACCUUUGCACCUUCAAGGUCCGGAUAUUGAGGUUCUGCUCCUGCCUCCAGUGCAAUUGCUUUUGUAGAUAAAGGGAAUGAGAUAAACAUAGCAAAUCUGUAGUCAAACAAUGUACAAUGAACUACGGUGGGAAUUUGCCAGAUUGGCACCAAUUUAAUGCCCCACAGACGAAUGAAGUAACACCUACAACUCAAAAUGUGAACUCUGGUCAUUUGACAUUCAUUCCUGGUGUUAGUCCACCAACGUUGAAUGCACAUAGUCUUAGCUCAGAUGGUUUCAAUAAGCAUCAAACUGAAUCCAACUUCAAUUCAAGAAAUUUCCAAUCCUAUAGUAAUGUCUCGAGUGGUCCAAAUCUGUCUAACAACAGCCCUCUCACGUCCAUGGUACAAAUGCAAAACUGCAUUGGCCAUUAUGGUUCUCCAAAUACAAGAAAUCCUAUGCUAGAUAACUUGAAUGUUUCUGUGAAUCCUAGAAAUAAUGCAAUUGGAACUAUAAAUGAUGAAAUAGGAUAUAGAAGUAACCAGGUGCCUUUCAAUGGACCUAUUGGUCACUUAAGUGGGCCAAGUUGCAAUCUAAAUGCAGCAACUGGGCCUGCUCCUGGCCCUGGGCCCCAAACUAAUUCUGGACCAGGACCUGGAACUAAUCCUGUAAAUGGAAAUGGGCCAGGUUCUAUGUUUGGAUCUGGCCCUAGACAUGGACAUGGACCUGUAUCUGGAUCAGGGCCUGGACCAAGCUCAGGAGCGGGAAAUAUGGGAUCAAGGAAUACUAAUAUUGGUUCAGUACCCCAUGGAAAACCUGGACCUUCCUCAUUUGUGCCUUGUAAGGGGCUGUGCUGUAAUACAGAUCCUAACAUUAAUUAUCAACAAUGGGAAAAAUUUGGAUCUUAUCAAAAUAAUACAUCGUACACGGACAAUGUACACCCAUCAAGCUACCAAAUAGAAAACAGGCACUUCGGGAAUAAUUGUAAUUUUAGAAAGGACAAUUUAAAAAGUAAAGAAGCAAUGGGAUCUGUAAUGCCGAAUGUAUCUGCUGUAGAUCAUAGAAGAAACUUCACCGAUUACAAAUACCAUAAAGAUCAUUUAGCACAUAGAAACUAUUCAGCAUCUUCAGGCGUGUUUCAUAACUAUUCUAUACAGAAUUACAAUUAUUCACCCGAACAUCAAAAGUACCCUUAUCCUGUUAAAGGACAUCCAAAGAGGAAUAAUAUGAAUAUGUCAAAUUCAGGAAUGCUUAAGCAUCAAGAACAAAAUUUUAUUGCUCAACAAAAAUUUAAUAAUAAACCAUUUCAUUAUCAAAAUGAAAAUAUGUUACCUGAAGGCGUGCCUACUUUAAAUGUUACCGGAAACAUUGCAUCAACCUCCCAGAAUCCUUAUUUUAGUUCACAAUAUGCAAGGACCAUUCCAACGGAAAUAUCUCGUGAAUGUCAAGAAACUACUGAUAAUGUUGCAGUAAUAAAUAGAAUGCCAGGUACUUAUAUGCACAAUUCUCCUGCUCAACAACAAGUUUAUCAACAUAAAAUUGCAAUGCAAAAGUUUUCAAUGGAAAACCAUCUUCGGGAAUUGAGUAGAAUACCCGGGUACCAAUCACAUCCAAAAUACAAAGAAUGUAUUCUGAGGUACAGAGAAAUAUUGAAAUUACAGCAAUCAACGGGUUAUCAAAAUCCCAUUCAACAAACAUCGCGUGUUGCAACGCCGGUUAACGCUGUAGUACCACCGAUUAAUUUACAAUUUGAUCAGAAUGGUAUGUUAAUAAACUCAAAUUUCGUGGCGGAAGGUUUUCCUAAAUUGCAGCAUACACCGACUGCAGAACAACAGUCGAAAAGUAUGGAGAAACAACAGAAGGACCAAGCUAUUGCUAUAGCCAAUGAAAAGUGUCAAGAAACACAACAGUCAGGACAAUUAAUGGUUCCCUCGCAAAGUGAACAUACUUCUUCCUCGUGCGCGCAGAACUUUCAAAAACAGUUUUCAAUACACAAAGACUUUAAUCAAAACCAAUUAAAAGUACAAACGAGCGAGAGUCGUAGGUUUGAUGCCCUGAAUACGGAUACUAGCAACAAAACAAUGAUGCAACAGAAAGCUUCUAAACAAUUUGCCAAUAAACCAGACCUUGAUGUUCGACAAUUUUUGGCCAAUUGGGACGAAACUGACGACGAAGAGGGACCGACAUCGAAUUUGCCAGAUACUGUUUUAAGUGAUACCACUCCAGUCGUAGUCGUGAGCUAUGAGAACGUAGAUCUUUCAGCGAAAACACCACCAAAUAUAGAGGUGUCCAGAAGGGACAGCUUCGAUUCGAACGAAACGACGUUGAACAACGAGAAAGAGGCCGAAGUAAACAUGGUAACAACGCAAGAUUGUUUGACGAUAUCGUAUUCGGCGUCAAAAAGCACUGAAAUUGCCAAAACCACUAAACGGACUAUAGAAGAAGGUGUGGUAAAACCUGGGAGUAUCUUACAUUGUAUAAGCAAUGGUCCUGAUGAGAUACCCAUGAUACAUAUAGUAGAUAAUUUAGAAAUAAGCAACAUUUUAGGAGCGUCCGAAGAUCAGGUUAUAGAGACUUUAGAAAAGCAAAAGACAAUAUCGUUUUUUAGAGAAGCUAAUAAUGAAACAAAAGCGGUCGCUCUUAAAAGUGUCGAACAGCAUAACAAAAAUGAAACUUGUGUAUUGUCUACUAAUUACAAUACGUCUCUUAGUAACGUGAAUAAGAAUACAAACAUUCAGGAUUCUAGGAUUUCAGAAACAAUUCAAACGGCCGCCGCAUCGAUAAAUAAUCAAGAACUGAGAGUAUUAUCAGCAUCAGCAAAAAGUAAUUUGGACAUUACUGACAAUCUAGAUCUGAAGAAGCAAAGCAGUUUCGCCAGUGAAGAAUCCCAUAAUCCUGAUGACAUAAGCUUACCAGAUCUACCGACAUCUGAGUGUACACCGAUCUCCACAACUUUGAACACACCUAUUCAUUCUGAUAGCGAGGAAUCUUCGCAAAAUAUCGAAGAUCUAUCUAUAUCUACGAAUCCGAUAGAAGUAAUGCAAAACAGUCCGGUAAUUAGUUUCACACAGUCUCCAGUAAAAAUGGAACCAUAUGGGCAAUUGAGCAGCGGGGAUAGACUUAAAAAUAGAUCUCUUGGUACAUUAGAAUUGGAAUUUCAAAAAGAAAAUAGUUACAAAGACAACGACGCUACUAGUACUCAUGAGCAAGAAGUAAAUCUUAGUAAUUUCGACUUCUCUGCAGGUAGUUCUAAAACAAAAUCUGCUGAGAUUGUUAGAGAUAAGCAAGUCAAGAGUCUUAGAACUAAUAUGAUAAAAAGGAAAGUUUUCUUAAUAAAUAGUAAAGAAAACGAUGCAAGAGUUUCAGACACAUGUGCUGCUUUAACAUCCAUCGCGUAUGAACUAGAGGUUCAACAGGAGGCAGUAGAAAGUGAAAAGAAUUCGGAAUGUGGAUCUCCUAACUCUGUGCAUGACGGAAAACAUAAAGGUUUGAGAAAAUCAACAGAUUCAAUGAAAUCUGUAAUUCAAAAUAGUGACUCUAUAACAGAUGUAAAUAAUAUCGUACAUGCCGUGAUUUUAACUGAUUCUAAUGUAAAUUUGACGAGUCCUAUGGAGUCCGACGACGAAACUGAAGCAUCCAAACAAGAAAGAGAGUUAUCCAAGAGCCAGAAAAUACAACAUUUGAAUGUAUCUAUUAAUACUAUUAACCCAACUCUGUCAGAAGCUGAUUUAAACACAAGGAAAAGGAUAAAGGAAUCUGUGGUUUGGGAAGAUAAAUGCGCAGAUGGAAAUGUAGAUAAAUUAUUGAAAGUCCAGAAAAGAAAUGCGGAACAUUUAACACAAUCAAAACAUUCUGACAUGAAAAGAUUCGUUGAUGAUGAUUCAAACUCGUCUAAAGAUGAUGAACAUUCUGUGUGCCAUAUGACUUCUCAAUACAAGAAUUAUUCCGUUGCUGUGAUAAAAGAUAACACUAUUUUAAGUAAUCAGAAAUCACACAGUACCACAGAGAAAAUUGUAAAUGUCUGCUGUGAAAAGUCACCUGAAUUUCAGUUAAGAACAAACAAUACCAAAGAGCUUUCUGAAGAGGUAAAACUUAAGAAACAUGUUUCUAACAAACUUAUUUCAACAUUGCAUGAAAAUGUUCAUUCUCAACAUUCUAAGAGGUCCGAAUUACUGCACAAAGAUUUGGAAACUGUAGAUGGAGAUCUUAGAGUUACUACAGACGAAAUACGUCUGUUGAAUGAGUAUAGAAGAAAGAAAGAUAGAUUGCAGCAAGAUAAAAAUACAGAAGAAAAAUUACAAACGGUAAAUGAUAAUACGGUUUAUCAUAAAAACAAUAAAAUGGAAUGCUCGCAACUUAAACAAAACAAUGAAUUAUUAGCAGUACACAAAGAAAACCUGGAACAGAAUGUUUCAUCUCUGGUUAAUGUAAAUUCUGAGAAUAUAGAAACGCCAGAGGAAGUAAACAGACAUGGGUAUUCAAAGAGUUUUGUUAAAAAUGUUAACUCUGACUUUGGAAUUCAAGUUGCGAACGUGAACUUAAAAAUUAAGGACAGCGAACUUGGAAAAGAAUUGAUCUUAAGAGAUAACUGUCAGGAGCACAUCAAAGAUUCUCUGGACGGGAUAAAGAUCGAGAUAAAUUUUUCGCGUACAGAGCGAAAUUCGAAAGGACAGGAGCAGAAUAAACAGUUAUUAUAUGAGAAUUUCAAAGCACUAGAUGAUCGGAACGUGUAUGAAAUUGAUAGUUCGCUUCCUUAUUCCAUUCCCACCUAUUCUAGUAAUACACUAGACUGUCAGCGUCGGCUGCAUUGUAAAGAACAAGAAACAAUGGACAAUUCGAAAACUUUUGAUAAAGUUCAUAAAGUAAUUGAAAAAUCUUCUACAAUAGUAGACGUUGCUUCUGGUGAAGCAAAUAAAACUGAAAGCAAUGCAGCAACACCAGCUACAGACACAAAUGUAUGUACCACUCUCAAAAAGAAUGGAAGAAAUUUAUUAAAAGCAAAUGAAGAUGCUUUAAUAUCUGUUACUUCCAAAGCAAUGCGUAAUUUAACUUCAGAAAGUCAGUGUUUUAAUAAAUUAUUACACAAUAAUGUAUCGUGUAAAGAUACAUCAAAAUCAGAGGUAAUUGAGGGUACCAAUUAUUCUCAUGAUGUUGAUACAAUUAAGUCAAAAUGUGCAAUAUCUAAUACUGCCAUAGUUGAUGCAAAUAAUAUGUUAAUUAAGGCAAAGACUAAUUUUGAGGAAGAGGAUAGUUCUAUGAACACAAAAGAUGAUAGUAUAAAUAGAAUAAAAAAACAAAGUUCUAAUGUACUAGAGACUUCUUCACAAGCAGCGAUAGAAACAUUAAAAAAGAACGACGAGAAAGAAGCGAUUAGUGUGCCUCAUAUGUCAAAGACUGUGAAAAAACUACCAGAGCUGAAUCUGGUAGAGUUGAGCACGAAAUCGCUAAAUUCCUUGAGCACUCUAAACUUCAAUUUUGAUAAGUUGGACUACAAGGAGUGCUCAGGUGUAAGUUUCGAUCACGUUCGUCCGUACGUGGAUGAAGUCGGUGAGAUGGACGACAAUUACAUGGGAAAGUGGAAGAAGCCAAAGAUAGAUCACAUUUUUGAAGACUGUGAAAUAUUCCAAAGUACCAGUGGGUACAUAAAUCCUAUUUUUUCAAGCAUAGAUAAACUGGAGGAGAAUAUGCAUACAGUUCCUGUGUACACUACCAAAGAUGGAAAGAUAUCUUACAGUCCUAAUCGAAGAUUCGCACAUCAUGAAUUGAUGAUGGAAACUCGCAAACGAGAGGGAUGUUCUACACGAAAGUCUCACUACACUGAUACUUGGAAUAGCUAUUACAGUUCAAAGUUUCGCAAGUUAUACAAGAAAAAACGACACCAUAGUUUCAGUGACAGGAAAAAACAUGAGUUUAAAGACAUGAAGUGCCUAUAUGAACGUAAAAGAAACAAUUUGGACGACUUUUGUGAGAGAAAUCAUGUUAAGUAUAAGGACUACAUGCAUGGCAUUAAAAGUAACAAUGCAGUUGUAUGUAAAAUAUACAGCAGUAGUGAUUCUGAUGAGGAAAUUGUAGACCGCAAUAAGUAUCGUAUUGUUGAAGCAAGCAAUCAGAAGAAGAGUCACACUAUCGAGAAUAAAGUUACUACAAUUACUUCUAAAUUGCAUAAGAACGAAUUGGUUACAGAUGACUUAGACCUACAAAAUAAAAAUAAAGAAAGUACUACAUCUGAUGCGCACUCAAGCAAAGAGGAAGUCAUUUAUUUGGAAGAGACACAUUUGGUUCAGUCACAUACUUGCAAUAAAAAUAAUAACGACAAAAAUUGUCAGACUGCUGAUAAUAAUUUGAGCAAUAUUCUUACUUCAGAUGCACAUACUUCAAUCGUAUUACAUUCGAACUACGGGAACGCAGAUGAAAAUAUUAAAUCAGAUGUAAAUGAAUUCUCAACAUCAACUAUAUCCCAGGAUUUUACUUCAGAAAACCUUCAGUUAAGCAAAGAUAAUGAUUCAAAUGAUAAAUAUCUUAGUCCAAAUCCUAUUGUAACUGUAGAUACAAAUACUUCUAGCAAUGUUAAAGAAACGAUAAGUAUUAUAGAUAAAUUGUCGAAUUCAAAGUUUCUGGAAGAAGUAGCUUUAUUGAAUAAGAAUGAUCAGAUUCUUAGUUCAUAUUCUGAUAAAGAGGACAAAAAUGAUGAAAUGCAGGUUUUAGAAGAUCCUGUACAUAAUAAGGAACAAACAGAAGAAAAUAAUCUAGAGAUAUUGGAUAUCCAAGCUUCCCCUUUGGGAACUGAAGAUAAUUCUGAAAAUAUGAACCAUACUGAAACUUGUAAAGUCUUAAAAAUUAAUCAGACUAGUAACACGAUUGAACAGAAGUCAGAAGAUUUUUUAAAGCCAGAAGAAUCCGCAAACGCAUCUACCGAAAUAAUAGAUACAUCAUUUAUAAAGGAUAUGGGCGAAGUAAACGACGAAAAGCUUAUAAAAUUUGGGGAAAGUAAUUUGGUCUGUGAACAAGAGAGUAAUAUUAUUGAGAAAGUACAAACUUUAAAUGAAGAACAAAAGCACGAAGAGAGUACAAAUAAAGACAUAGAAGAGAAUAUUGAAUCUUUGGACUACGAAAACAGUGAUUUGCCGAAAGACAGCUCAGAAAUAAAUACUGAUACCUACAUGAACCAAGAGGAGUUUGAAUCUCAAAUAAUGAAGGUAGAUACAACUGAUCAACAAGAUCCAGAACAUAUUUUUGUUGAAACAGUUAAGAAUGAUAGAAAUGUAAAUAUGAAUUGUGAACAAGCAAAUGCUGCAACAGUUGAAAAAUUUGAAGAGUCGAUUUUUGCAGAUCUUUCCAAGAACACAGUUUAUAUUGAGAAUGAGAAUAUCAUUGAAAACAAUGUGGAAAUUCUUUUACCAAAUAUAAAGGAUACUCCAACAGAUCAUUCAAUGGUAUUAUUUGAUAAUUUAAAAACGCAUUCAAAUAUAAAUUGCCUUAAUGAACUUAAAGAUGAACAAAAAAUUAAUCUUAAUCAAGAUUCUUCGAUAGAAAAUGAGAUGCCAGUUUUGAGUGUAUACUGUGCCACCAAAGAUUUUUCAACUGAGGAUACUGAUAGUAGAAAAAAUGAACAGGAAGGAAAAGAGUGUCAGUCGUCGUCUUUUAAUUCUUAUAAAAGUCCAGGCCAUUCGUCAGAAAACAAUGCAGACAUGAAAGCAAUACCCAAGCUUGUCAUAAAGAAAACUGAGUCAUUAAGUUCAAAAUCAGAAUGUUCAUUAGAUUAUGCAGAAUUUGAGAAUCUUGCUCAUAAAUAUGAUACAAAACUCUUAACUGAUGUACGCCAAAAAAUACCAAAAAUGAUAAUUACGAAAAACAGGUCUCGCUCGGUAACCCCUACUGUUGAAAUUUUGGACAGACCUAAAUCUGAAAGAAUACAACAGACACCUUCUUCAGAAUACAGUGAUACCUGCAUAGAUGUGGAUAAUAGUGAUUCUGAACUGUACACAUUAAAAUAUAAUAAUUAUGCAAGCAAAGUACCAAAAGUAAAAAUAAAAUUAGAGGAUAUAUCUUCUAAGGACUUAAAGUUAUAUUUGAAAAGAAAAGCUAUUAAACAGAGCGUUUCAAAGGUAAAGAUUAAAAAAAUUAAAACACAGGAGAAUAAGACUUCAACAACGAAAUUUGAAACGGAAGAUAGUUCAGAAAUAGAAACGACUGAUACUGAUAACGAUGAGAGAACUGUACGGGAGUCAUUAACCAAUGAUGCUGAGAAAGUACCAAAAUUGAAGUUAAGAAUGCAAGAAGAAGGCAAGUCUUCAUCGCCAGAUAGAACCAAAGAGAAAGAUAUGAGUAUUUCGAAAAUGCCUUUCAAAAAAACUAGGAGAACAAGAGAAGAAGAUACAAGGCAUUCUAUAAAAUACGAUAAAACUAAAAUUAAUGAUGAUGAGAUAAAAGGAAAAUAUUCACAGUACAUUACUGAAAAAAUUCCCAAAGUUAUAAUAAAGAGAACACAAAUUGGUACAGAAUUCAAAUGCGAAAUUAGUAAAUGUAAGAAGACUUUAGAAAUUGAAACAUCAAAGUGGCAACCAAAAGUUAAACUACAAAGACUCGAAGUUUUGGAUCAUAUGGUCAUGGAUUUAAAUCAAUCAAAAGUCAUAUUGAAAGACAAAUCUUUUAUAAAGACAAUGACCAAUAUGUCUGUACAUACUGAAGAUGAUAUUAGUAAUAAAGAUUUAAAUCACAAUAGUAAAGUAAAACUAUGUAGAUCUAGUUCAACAUCAAACUUGUCUCCUGUUAAGUGUAAACAGAGAAGAUUAUCUGACCCUGAUUACACGAAAGUAAAUGCAAAGUCAGUUGAUUUCAUUAGUACUAGCCCCAGAGACAAUAAACAUAAAUCACUGAAUAUUAAUGAAAUAUCUAAUCUCAAAGCAGUUGACACUGAGAACAAAAAUUUGAAAAGGAACAGUAAGAAAAGACUACUUUCUCAACAUAGUAAGGUGAAUUAUAGUCAAAAUGAUGAAAGUGAAAAUGAGAUGAAAGAAUCAAUUAAAUCUAAGAAUAUUACAGAGAGCUCCUUUGAAAAUCUUUUAAUGAAUGAUAACAAUGAUCUAGUGGUUGAGAAAAAGGAAUAUUCAUCUUUUGGGACCAAGGAAAAUACGUCUUGCAUAGAAGAUAAACUUGUAAGAUCUGGUAUUAUACGUUCGCGUAAUUUUGAUGAUACUGACAAUUCCAUAAUUAAAGUUGACUCUUCAGAUGAAAGUCAAACCACUAUAGAACUUCUACCAGCGUCUCCCGACAGCAGUGAAGAUGAAUCAAAAAACUGUAAAUUUGAAAGUACAAAUAGACUACAUAUAAAAGAUGCAGUACCAACUCAAUUGGAGUUGGAAUUAGAACUUAUUGAUAAUAGUAAUAUACAACGUUCAGAUAUACUUGAGCCGAAAAUUAAUGAACUAAACUUCAUGAACAUCGAAAAAUGCGAUCAUCCAUCACAGUUCAGAAAAUACACUAACAAAGAAUUGGCGAAAGCAUAUUUCAGUAAUCUUCAAUGUUCUUCACGAAAUACCUUCGACCAACACAAGGCACAAAGUCCAGAAAGAAAUUCAAAUAACUAUUUUUAUUGUAAUGACUUGUUAGUUAAAGAAGUAUUAGCUGCUAAGGAAACACUAAAGAAAUGUCUAACGCGAUCUAUAGACGAAAAUACAGAGAAGAAAAUAUCGAGACAUAAAACAGUAGCAGAAAAGAAGCAAGGUUUAAGUUUCAAUUUUAAGAACCUUGAAAAGUCCUAUAGUAAGUCUGAAGAUGUACACUGUAACAAUGAUAAUGAAAAUGUGAAGAUACAUAAAAAAUCUGGAAGUCCAGAAAAGAAUGACCAUAAAUCUAUUCUUAAAUUAAACAUUGGGGAAGUAGAAGAUAAAUUACCCUCUGCAGGGAAAAACUUAAAAUCAAAAUUAAAUGAGUUACAAGAUGAAAUACCUUACUCUACAGAAAGCCCUACAGCUUCAACCUGCGGAUAUAUUGGUGUAUCCGAGUCAACUACCAUUUCUUUAAAAGCUACUAAGAAAUUCGGUCGAAUUACAACAGAUGAAGAAUCCUCAAAUAUAACAGCAGACAGUUUUCAUCUGACGAAUAAGGAAAGUAACAUACAUGAUACAGAAAUGUUACAAGGCGAAAUAUCCGAAGAGAAAACGACUAGUAGUACUAAAAAUCAGAAAGAUAAUAACAGUAGAAAUGAAACAAAAACAAACGAAGACAAUAUGCCAUUAUUAGUGCCAGAGUCUGCUUUAAAUUUUGAUUCCAGUUCAGAUAGAGAUAGUUCCAGAUCUCCACCUGUUAUAACGAACCAAGAAGAAGCGGAAAAUGGGACAGAAGAUGCAGAAGAUAUGAAGAGUAAAGUAAUAACUCCAAUUGAGAAAGUAGAAGAGAACGAGAAACAUUCCUACAAAGACUGUGAAAUGACUAUCGCUGAUAUUAUUACGCAAUUGGCUUACCAUGAAAAAGCAACAAUCAAACAUAGAAGAUACUGCAAUUUAUGUGAAAGAUGGUUUCCUACAACUUCACGACAUCGACGACAUUUAGCUGGAUAUCAACAUCGUUACAUGGAAUUGGCACAACGUAAAAGUAUCCAUGCUCUUUUCAUUCUGUUCACUGGCAAGCCCUGUCCAAGACUCUUGCCAGCAAACAUUUUUCGCAAAGAUUGUUCCAUAGGAGAAUUAACGCCUUUACAAAUCGCUGUUCAGGAUAUUGCAAAAUAUGUAGAACAUACACAACAGGAUUUUAAAACAAAAGAGUGAUAGCACCAAUCACUGCAAAUUAUUUUGGCUGCGUACAUACAUUCCCUGUGAUUGCCUAUAGUGGAAAAAAUAGUGUGAGUACCUCUAAAAAUAAAGUACUGUAAAGAACAGUAAGUGAAAAAGUCUGUGACACUUUCAAUCUCAAUUGAAUUGUACAUGUUCAUUAUAUAAUUACUUCUAGUAGUAAUAAUAUUACUAUUGUACAAUUACAAAAAGAAAUUAACAUCUAUGAACUGUGCAAAAAUGCGUUGUUGAUCGAUGUUAAUUGUUAAAAGUUACUUGAAAAAAAAUUAUUUUGAGUAGUUAGAUAUUUAGCCAAAGAUUUUAGCUACAAAGUACAUGUUAGAUUAUUUAUAGUUUUC